CAAAUGGUUGACACCGGGUGUGGUGUCAAAUGACGCGAGCUCCUGCAUGUCGAGCCAAAUGUUUUGAUAGUUGAUCUACGAAUUAUGAAGCUACUCUUGUACCUAGCAUUGUUGCAGAAUACUUGUAUUUUUGUACGAGCCGUAAAUAACGCCGGGAACAUGACGGAGCCGAGCAUGGGGAAUGGAGAUAUGUUGGACCUCUCAGGAAGUGGAAUGUCUACACCUCAUAUUUCUCACUUGGCAUCCGCAAAUCCAUUCAGUAUACUUUCGCCACAACCAACCAGUUCACAAUCCAGCACCCUGGAUUUCAAUACAAUUAGCGGCCUUACUAAUGGCAAUAUACAAUUCCCUCCUAAUGUGAAUUUUGAUGAAAUAUCGAGCAUAAGUUCAGUUUCAGGCAGAAAGGACAAUCAUAAAGGAACUUGUGAGGUAUAUGUAGGAAAAACAUGUGCACAGUUUGUAGGAAACCAAUCAGUUUAUAUUAUAUAUCCCAUGACACAGAAGAUGCUCGAAGAAAAACUAAUGAAGGCCUUUCAAGUUAUUAAUUUCUCAAACGAGCUCUCGUCAAAUUGCGAAGGGUAUGCCAAGCCAUCUCUUUGCUAUUCCGCCUUUCCGAUAUGCCGCGACCCAUCAAACAGUCAAAAACCGAAAAAUGCAGAGGCGAGCACGCAACUUUUUAAUCUUCUGAAUUCCAAGCAUGAUGAUUUCUUAGACGACAGAGAUCGCGAUGACGCGGAUGAUUUUGCGAAGCAUAGUGUCCCCAAACGUAGUCCUACCUUGGGUCCGGUUUUUGACUUCAUGCCCAAUGAAGAUGGAAAGUCGAGCAAUAAGAAGAUAAUUAAUCAGAGUUAUGGUGACGCACGAGCGUCCAGUAGAAAUGAAAUUAAUCGCAAAUUACGAAGAAUAUGCCGGGAGGAGUGUGAAAUGCUGGAGAAUGAAUUGUGCAGAAAGGAAUAUGCGAUAGCAAAGAGACAUCCUUUAAUUGGACAUCAAUUACCUUUGGUUGAAUGUUCUGACUUACCACUGGAAGGAACGACUGAAGCUCGUGACUGCUUGACACUCGGAUUAUCCGCGGCAAACAAUGUUCAAGAAAAUGAUUACUGUUAUUGGGGUAGUGGAAAAUCUUAUCGAGGAACUGUGAAAACGAGUGUUAGUGGAAGACCAUGUUUACGAUGGUCACAUCACUUUAAUCUUCCGAUUUCUGAUAAUCCCGAAUUAGCUGGACGUCAUUCUUAUUGCCGAAAUCCUGGCGGAAAGGAAAUUCAACCAUGGUGUUAUGUCGAUGUCAAUAAUAGAAUGCAAAAAGAAUUUUGCAAUAUACCUAAAUGUGUUGAAAAUUUAUGGAUUUAUGCGGUUGUUGGUUUUGUACUAACAGGAGGAUUUGUUAUUAUAUUAAUUUGUUAUUGCUGCUGCUACAGAAGUAGAAAAUCCAGAAGGCAAAUGAAUCAUUUACCAUCCAAUAAAAUGUUAACUAGUAUUCAAUGUGAUAAGAACAUAUAUGAUGGGAGGAGAAGCACGACACAGCCUAUGGAAAUGAGCUCUCUUUUAGCAGGGCCUGGUAAUACAACACCAGGCACUGGUACUUUAAGUAGUGGCAGUAGUAGAACUUCUAAUAAUAGAAUACCGCAAUUUACUACAAAUAAUAUCGUGCUCUUGCAAGAACUUGGUGAAGGUGCUUUCGGAAAAGUUUACAAAGGCGAGUUGCAAACCGGAAAUAAAUGUGAACCACCUAUUUAUGUAGCGGUAAAAACACUGAAGGAAAAUGCAACUCCAAAGACUCAAAGUGAUUUUAAAAGAGAAGUCGAACUCAUGACGGAUUUGCGGCAUCCAAAUAUUAUUUGUCUGCUUGGUGUAAUAUUGAAAGGAGAACCAAUGUGUAUGCUUUUCGAAUAUAUGACACAGGGAGAUUUGCAUGAAUUUUUAAUCUGUCACUCUCCAAGAUCGGAUGUUCCAUUAAAUAACAGUGGUGGAAAAAUUCUCGAGCAACCGGAAUUUUUGCAUAUUGCUUUACAAAUUGCUUCUGGCAUGGAAUAUUUGGCUAGUCAUCAUUAUGUCCAUCGCGAUUUGGCAGCGAGAAAUUGUCUAGUAGGCGAUAAUUUAACAGUCAAAAUCUCAGACUUUGGUUUAUCACGAGAUAUAUAUAGCAGUGAUUAUUAUAGAGUACAAUCCAAGAGUUUACUUCCUGUUCGAUGGAUGCCACCUGAGUCGAUUCUUUAUGGUAAAUUCACUACCGAGUCGGAUGUGUGGAGUUUCGGAGUUGUACUCUGGGAAAUCUAUAGUUAUGGUUUGCAGCCGUAUUACGGGUACAACAAUCAAGAAGUUAUAGAUAUGAUUCGCUCGCGACAAUUAUUACCAUGUCCUGAAGAUUGCCCGACAAUGAUUUAUAGUCUGAUGAUUGAAUGUUGGCACGAGGUAGCGAAUCGUAGGCCACAGUUUCCGGAAAUUCAUCACCGGUUGCAUAAUUGGUACAUAAAUCAAACCUACUUGAGCGACUUCUGCAACGAGUCUAUUACCAGUUACUCCGGUAGUAGUCAUAAGAGCACGAACAAGACCAACUCGACGCAGCUAUCGGCGCCAAUAUACAAGAGUGAUCAGAAAACGUGCACGGAGCCAGCGACCGUCUGCAAUCUUAACGAUCACAAUAACGCGAUAAAAUUGAUACCACCAACAAAUACUUUUACAAAUUCUAACUGCAUCGAGCAGAGACCAAACUGCGGUUUUAACGCGGAACACGGAACACCGAUAAAAACGUCUAAUUAUCAAAAUCCCACUACGAAUGUCAAUCUGAAUGAUAUAUAUGAUGACAAACAAUGUUGCUCGCCUAAAUUGAGUGGUGCGAAGAAAGUUUUACCUGCGGUGAUACCUCAAACAGGUAUUCCCAAACCGAACAUGCCCAGCAAUGGUCCGAGACCAAUGCAAAAUGGCGCACAACUGGUUGUCAGGUUACCGGAUCCCAGUAAAGUUAUAACUGAAACGAGAGUAUCAAAGUGAAAAUUUCACUCAUGGUCAUAAAUAAUUCACCUUUGGUCAAAUAAAACAGUUACUAAUUUCCAAUAGGAACAUUAGCUUCUUCUCGCUUGUGUUCUCAAUAUCAAAGAUUUGAAAUUUAACAACCUUAUUUGCUAUUGAAGCAUCUGAGAUGUAUCGAAAUGAAGAAAAAGAAACGAUCACGAAUGCAUAUAUUUGCCGUAAUUUAAUCUAAUGAAAAUAUAUGUUUAUUUUUACUAUCUGAUACUUUUUUUCGAUAGUAUUAAACGAAUAGAGCAGACAGCUGCUAAAACAACUGCCAUAUAUACAUUUAUUUAUUUUUACAAAUAUAUAUGUAUUUUAUAUUACCUUUUAUUUUGGUAUAUAUGACAUAUUUCCUUACGAAUCUAUUGGAUAAUUCUUUUGGAUGAUAUCGAACAAACAAAUGAUAAAUACAAAGAGCAGCUACAAUAC